GUGUUUGUAGCCAGGCUGGCAAGAAGUCUCAAGAGCGUCAAUAACUUUGAGGAGGGAGGCAUGAGGAGAGUCACCCUCUUUGUUAAUGGCAGCCCCAGGAAUGGGAAGGUUGUUGCUGUUUAUGGAACACUAUCCGAUUUGCUCUCUGUGGCUAGCAGUAAGCUUGGAAUAAAAGCAACCAGUGUGUACAAUGGGAAAGGGGGCCUUAUUGAUGACAUUGCUUUGAUCAGGGAUGAUGAUGUUCUGUUUGUAUGUGAAGGGGAACCAUUUAUUGAUCCCCAGACAGAUGUAAACCCUUCUGAAGCAUUAACUGGAUCUCAUUCAGACUGGCUAACACUUAAUGUUGGAGGACGCUGCUUCACAACGACUCGGAGCACUUUAGUGAGCAAAGAACCUGAUAGUAUGCUGGCUCGCAUGUUUAAAGACAAAGAUGCCUGGGGGAAUAAAAGAGAUCACAGAGGGGCCUUCCUAAUUGACCGUAGCCCUGAAUACUUCGAGCCAAUUUUGAACUAUUUGCGUCAUGGACAGCUCAUUGUGAAUGAUGGCAUCAAUUUGCUGGGAGUCCUGGAGGAAGCCCGAUUCUUUGGGAUUGACUCGCUAAUUGAACAUCUAGAAGUGGCUAUUAAGAAUUCACAGCCAGCAGAAGAUCAUUCUCCAAUCUCCCGGAAGGAAUUUGUCAGAUUCCUGCUUGCGACCUCGACCAAAUCUGAGCUUCGCUGUCAAGGCUUAAAUUUCAGCGGAGCAGAUCUUUCUCGUUUAGAUCUCAGAUACAUAAACUUCAAGAUGGCCAACCUGAGCCGGUGCAACCUAGCACACGCUAACCUGUGCUGUGCUAAUCUUGAACGAGCAGACUUGUCUGGAUCUGUUCUAGAUUGUGCCAACCUCCAAGGAGUUAAGAUGCUUUGUUCUAAUGCAGAGGGAGCAUCGUUGAAAGGAUGCAAUUUUGAAGACCCCUCUGGCCUUAAAGCUAACCUAGAAGGUGCUAACUUGAAAGGCGUUGAUAUGGAAGGCAGCCAGAUGACUGGGAUUAACUUGCGCGUUGCAACUUUGAAAAACGCGAAGUUGAAAAACUGCAACCUCAGAGGAGCAACUCUGGCUGGGACAGACUUAGAGAACUGUGACCUGUCGGGCUGUGAUCUACAGGAAGCCAACCUGCGAGGCUCCAACGUGAAAGGGGCCAUCUUCGAAGAGAUGCUGACACCUUUGCAUAUGUCUCAGAGCGUCAGAUAAGCUACCAAGCGGUUUGGGAACAUUGCUGCA